GUUUAGUUUCACUUCCGCACUCCGCUGCUGUCUGUAGCCUGUUAGCCUCUGCGAUGCCGCUUCACACAUUCUGAGGAAAAGCGCAUUUAUUAUCAAGGACAGGAACAGCGUGCAGCUAAUAACGGUCACUUGAAACUCCCGAACACAUGCAGAUGGACUUUAUUGUUUCUGCAUAAUAAAAUAGCAGCUUUAUUGUUUCUAAGUCAACGAGGAAGCGACGUUAGCGCCAGGAAACUCACUACAUCAUCAACGGGCUUCAUGUUUUACCAUCUGUUAAACUGUAACUAACAAAGAGGCUUUCCCCGCUUGUUGACAGUAGAGUCAUGAAGGUGGUCACCAGUCAGGAUGGAGGGCCCUUCCUGGUGUGGACCCUUUUUGUUCAGCUGGUCCUGUGUGGGAGUGGGGUGUAUGCCACUGAUGGCACCAACAGCUGUAAACUGGUCUCUGAGUCUGUCUCAGAGCGGAAAGUCCUCAAACAACUAGAGCCACUCGCCCAUAAGAACUUUACAGUCGUGACCAAGAAUGGAACUGAGAGUUACACAUAUGUGUUCCAGUUGUGUGGGGAUGCAGGGGGUGUUCCAGGAGCUGGGGUUGUUCAGUUGGACAACAUAAAAAAGGAAGAAAAUCCAACAGUGAUUGGCAUGUAUAAUUCAACAGAGGCCUUUGGAGGAAGUGACUGGGUGAUGUUGAUCUACACAAACGGAGAGAAAUAUGAUGGCCACUGCUCUAAGGAAAAUAGGAAAGCCAUAGUCAUGAUCUCUUGUGACAGAAAAACGGACGGGGGUAAUUUGAAGGUGGUGUUGGAGGAAAGGGAGAGGUUGAAAGACUGUUUUUACCUGUUUGAGUUGGACUCCAGUGCAGUUUGCCCAGUUAUUGAGUCCCACAUCAGCACAGGCUCCAUAAUACUCAUCAUGGGUUUCUGUCUUCUGGCUGUUUAUCUCAUCUGCGGUUUCAUUUAUCAACGACUGAUUGUUGGAGCCAAAGGGAUGGAGCAAUUCCCAAAUCAUGCUUUUUGGUUGGAGAUUGGCAAUCUGACAGCGGAUGGGUGUGACUUUGUGUGCCGGUCAAGAAAACAGGAGGAAGCCCCGGCUUACAGGGGAGCGGCCACAGAACCUUUAGAAGAAGAGCCAGAGGAGAGAGAUGACCACUUACUACCUAUGUGACCUCGAUAUGUCAGACAUGGGACAGAAAUCUUUACUGUGUGACACAGUUUGCUCUUUCACAGGUUACAGGUUGCUGUUACACACAAGUCUUGUUUUUCUUGUGCAGGUGUAGGUUAUGACCUGUCGACACUUUGCGUGUAUUCCAUACUUGUGCCUAGCUACUGUGUGAUCUGCUUGUCACUAAAGAGGGCAUGUUGCUCAUAGGGCUGUAGGACAUGUUUCCUCUUCCUACCCCAUGCAUUUCAUUCAGCUGUUUGAUGUCAAACAAAUGAGGGAUUCAUCCGAGAUUACAAAGUGACAAUAAAGACUCUUCUCCCAUGGAAAUCGGGGCACAAAAAGGAGAAGUUAAGAAGUUGGAUUUCUGUCUGAUUUUAAAUUUAAUGACAUAUUGCUGCCAUCUCUUUUUCUGCUUAGCUAAUGAUUGAUUGAUGGAAGUUGGUGCAGGUUGCAGCAAGUUGCUUUAUCUGAGACCUGGUUGUGCACAGACAGUUGCAGGUUUUCAAAACGCAAGUGCUUUUGCUUGUGUAAUAUAGUUUCAGUUUUUGUGUUUUGAAAGUAAUCUGAGAAUGUGUAUGUUUAUUUCCUUGAUUGUGCUAACAAUUUUUGCUAGACAAAUAGAAAUCACUGCAGGAACCAUAGCUUGACUGACUUCUAUUUUUAGUUGGGCUUUUCCCUUUCUCCCACAUUAUAGGGAAAAGCUUCUACAUCAGUGCUAAAUAUUUUUUCCCUAAAAUGUUGAGUGUUGCCAGUUUCCUGACUGAUAUCUGAACUUGACUGUAAUCAACCAUCCUCUUAAUUUCUUUUGACUUUUGAGUUCAACAGACACGCCAACAGACUAUACAUACAGAAAUCCCACCACAAACAACAGAUGCAGCAAAGUCAACAAAUUAAGUUCAAAGAAUAAUAGAAAAAAAAAUAACAAACUAGUACUGUACAAGAAAUAAAUAGCUAAGUACAUAGAGAUUUGACCAAACACAAAUAAGUUAGAAUGUCUGCAGGAAGGCAUGCAAUGAUGGUUUCCAGAAUCGUUUGGAAUUAUAUUUGGGUUCGCAAGUCAGUUUCUCCAGAAGGAGAAGAGCUGAUAUAUGUGUCAACCACGUACCGGCCGUGGGGUCUUGCAGAGCAAACCACCUCAGUAAAAAAACAUUUUGUAGCCAGAAAUAAAAAAAAUGAUCGGUGCCCAUCCUCUGUUUUUAUGAGUGAGGUCAACAAUGCUGUUAACUUGAUGCGCUAAACUUACAAUUCUGGUGUUUAAUGCAAAGCAUCUGACUGAAAUGCAAAUGUAAUACAUCUCAAAUCACUAAUUUCAGUUUAUAAAUGCUACCAGUGACACAGUGCUAGGCAGUUACAAGAAAUUAAUAUAAGAAUUCUGUUAAUUUAUAAUAUCAAGAUGUAUGGUAUAUAUGUAGUAUAUGUACUUGUAUUUUCAUAGAAUAAAAGAACACACACAGAAAAAGAUUAUUGUUCAUAUAGCAAACCUAUUUAAUCAUGAAUUUUGAAGUGGGAAGACAGAUCAAACUGUCCCAAACACAAGAAAUACACACAAACACUAUAGGGUGCAGGUUUUCUUUCGACCAAAUAUUAAGGCUGCUUAAUGCCUGAUGCUUUGCUUCUUUAUGAGAAUAGAGCUACAAUGAAAGCACUUACUGUUAUUUUCUAUACACUUCUUGUAUCAAUAUAUUAUGAUUGUAAACGUGACAGCUCUGAUAAUACUUUUUAGAAAUUGCAAUGUUAAGGAUUAAAGUAUGAUUUUUUACCUUGAUGGCAAAUUUUUGUUAGAAAGUUUCAGUUGUGAAUCAAGUUACAAUAUUAUUGUCGUAUGGUAGGUUUGUUUUGUUUCUAUCACCUGCUUUUUGUGUUCUUUAGGUUAACAUUUCUUAGCUUAAUUUGGUAAAUCACAUCUUGGAUUGCAAUCUGGUAGAGAAGGUUACACCUGUGGUUGUAGUGAACUGAACAACCUCUAGAUUAUAACCUGUUUGGUUGAAGGAUAAUUUUGAUCUAC